AUGGCCGACAUUGAAGGGGUGGUGCUGGCCGCGCAGGGCCAGGUGCCCCCGCCCCCGCCGCGCGGGGCCCCGCCGUCGAGGCAGUGCGCCGCCAGUGGUUCCAAGGCCGAGCGGGACUCCACCGCACGACCGCGCCAGGAGGCGCCCUACAACCCCGCGGACCCCGGCAGGAUCUGGCUGCCGCACGACAUGCUGCCGUUCGGCUCUCCGAUCUGGUGGCCGGCGGAUUCUGUGUCGCCCUGGUGGUGGUUCCGUUGCUGUGUUGGUACAACGAGCACCUGGACGGCAAGGCAGAAGCGGAGAACAAGAGGCUGCGAGAGGAGCGACUACGAAGAAGGUCCUGCGCCACUUGCAGAUCAGGUCGGCCCGGGAAGGGCGUGA